AUGGGCGCUGCUCCCAAAUUGAUCAUUACUGAUCAGGAUUUGGGCAUGAAGGUGGCUGUUGAUAGUGUUCUAGUUGAUACAAGACAUCGAUGGUGCAUGUGGCACAUCAUGUUUAAGGUUGUUGAAAAAUUGCCCAAGAAUCAGCUCCACAAUGAGGAUUUAAAGAAGGACUUAAAUAAAUGUGUGUGGUCGGAGUUGAUAGAUCCUGAAGAAUUCGAAGAAACCUGGCACGAAAUUAUGGAAAAAUACGGCCUUACAAACAACGAGUGGUUUUCGACAAUGUUUGCCAAUCGGAAAUUCUGGGUUCCAGCCUACUUCAGGGAUUUUCCAAUGAGUUCAUUGAUUAAGACCACCUCUGUAUCCGAGUCUCAGAACAGUUUCUUCAAGAGGUACACUAAGUCUCGAUGUAAUCUAGUCGAGUUUCUUAUGCAUUACAACAAUGCGUUGGACGCCCAAAGGAGCAAUAGCAACAGGUUUGAAUAUCAUGACUCCAACACUACCCCAAUGUUGAAAACAAAUUUUGCACUUGAGAGGCAUGUGUCAACAAUCUACAGUGACGGUGGGUUUAAGGCAAUUCAGGAAGAGAUUGAGGAAGCAAUUGAUUGUUGCACCAUGGUAAAGACUUCAAACGAGGAUGACACUGAAAUAUAUGUGAUCAAUGACAAGUUCUCUAAGGACUGGUCCGUUUCUUAUUCCGUCUCUGGAGAUUCAUACGUAUGUGGGUGUAAACUAUUUCAAAGACUUGGACUCGUAUGCAGCCAUAUUUUUUGGGUCUUACGAAACAAAAAAUUGAAGCUGGUUCCUGAUCACUUACAUGGGGGACGUUGGUUGAAGUCUAAUUUUGUCAAGCCUGUUCAUUGUGGCUUUGUUGACGAUAUUGAAAAAGCUAUCAUCAUCGAUUCGGCAACACAAGAAUGGAGGGAUAUGCAUGGAGAUUAUUUUGAGGUUGCCCAGACUAUUAAGGGAAACGUUGACCAAAUUCGUGCAUUCAGACAAAUUAUUGCUGAAGGGAAGAAAGCGAUAAUCGCUGAAGGGAUUGUAUUGUCUAUUAGUGAUAAAAGGCAGAUGAUCGAGAAUUUCUAUGGGUCUCAAGCCCAUAGCGAAAUAGAUGUCCAUCCUCCCGACGUUGUCAAAACCAAGGGUUCAGGAAGACGGCCUCUUACACGCCUUGAGCAAGCUAUGAAGAUGAAGGCAAAGCCUGGUCGUAAAUGUGCCGAAUGCGGCGAGGUUGGUAAUCAUGAUGCAAGAAAUUGCAAAAAGAUUAAGGAGAAGCAGAAGAUAAAGUAA